AUGGCUUAAUGUUAUAAAGGUUUUACAUGGACUAUAUGUAAAAACGCUUUGAAACUAAAAAUUCUUUCAUAAAUUUAAUAAUACUCAAACAAUUCAGGAUGGAAUUGGCAUAAGAGCUGGAAUAUUCCAAAUAUUUCGGUCAAAAUUUCUAUAUAAGAGGAAGAAUGCACAUAUUGA